UUUGUACUGAAAAGAAGAUAAUCUAACCUAAAAAAUAUAAUUUAGUUUGUCCCUUUUCCAUAAUUAAUUAGGAGAUAAAAGUGUAUACAAUCUAAUAUAACUCUACGACUUAUUUGUUUUCAAAAUGGUCAAAAGUGAAUACAGGGGUAACAAAAACGAGCCUGAACAUGUUAGAAAACUGUUCAUUGGUGGUAUUGACUACCGGACAUCUGACAUUACUCUGAAGGCACAUUUCGAGCAAUGGGGUGAGAUUGUCGACGUAGUUGUCAUGAAAGAUCCACAAACUAAGAGAUCCAGAGGUUUUGGAUUCAUAACAUACAAUUCGUCAAGCUGUGUGGAUGAUGCUCAAAAUGCAAGGCCCCAUAAAAUUGAUGGUCGCGUUGUGGAGCCGAAGCGAGCCGUUCCAAGAAAUGAAAUAGGAAGUCCGGAGAGUGGAGCUACGGUGAAAAAGCUGUUCAUCGGAGGUUUGAAAGAAGAACACGACGAGAGUUCAGUGCGGGAUUACUUCUCAAAGUUCGGCAAUGUUGUCAGUAUUAACCUCGUAGAAGACAAGGAGACCAAGAGGAAGAGAGGAUUUGGCUUUGUCGAAUUUGAUGACUAUGAUCCAGUCGACAAAGUCUGCUUGCUAGGCUCGCAUACUCUGAAAGGGAAACGUAUUGAUGUGAAGAAAGCUCUGAGUAGAGCUGACUUGGCCAAGUUUGGCUCUGGAGGAGGUCAGAGAGGGGGUCCAAGAGGAGGAGGAGGAGGAGGUGGAUUUGGUGGUGGUUUUGGAGGAGGAAGAGGUGGAGGAGGCGGAGGUUACGGAGGAGGCAGUGGAGGUGGAGAUUGGAACAAUGAGCCAAGUUUUGGUGGCAAUAAUCCUGGUUGGAGUGGUAACACGUGGGACUCUCAGCCAAUGGGAGGCAGUGGAUGUGAAUGGGGCGACAACAUUGGAGGCGGCGGAGGUGGGUACGGAGGCGGUGGAUGGGGAGGCGGCAACAGCGGAGGCGGUUACCAGCAGGGCUACAGUGGUGGACCCAUGCGCAGUAGCUAUUCCGCAGGCGGUGCCGGUGGAAGGCCAACGCCCUAUGGUGGCGGAGGAAGUGGAGGAGGUUAUGGCAGUGGAGGCGGAGGCAAUCCUGGCGGAUAUGGAGGAGGAAGUGGCGAAAGAUAUGGAGGCAGAAGAUACUAAUGGUUGCAACUCUAUGCCAAUACUGAAAAAGGUUUAUCUGAAGGCAAGCGUAGGAAGAACUGAGGUUGAAGAAUAGGAGACCUAGGAAAAGCGAAAUAGAAGACAGGCAGAAUAGAAAUUUCCAAACGGUGCGUGAGUUUAGUACGAGAUUGAGGCUGAUACAGGGUAUGGUAGAGUUCUGUUUCGUAUAUCAGGUUCCUUCAGGUCCGCAUGAAAUAAACAGUAUGAUGUGUACAUCAGGUUUGACUUUCUCCACAACUUAGAACAAUUUUCAGAAACUUUUCAGUAUUGGAUACAGUUGUAGCUUUUUAAAAACUCCAAAAUCAGAUUGAGAGAGUUCAAUGUUGUGUGUGUUGAUGUUCUAAUUUAUAGCUCUCUACAUCCCAUCCAUUUCAAACUGACCCGUAAUUAUAAUGACAGUCAUAAAUAUUAUGUGAAGUGUGAUUUUUAUAAUUAAGCUUGUUUUCUCAUCCUUACUUCCAAGUAGAAUAAGUGUAUUAGAAUUAUUAUUUCUUGAAUUUUGAUAAUUUAUUUCUUAGACUUGUUUGAUAAACGUAGCUAGAACUACUUUGGACUUGAAUCAAAGUUUUAUGAUAAUUUUGAUAAUUGCAUUGUAAAUAAUUUAUCUCCAAACAGUAUUAUUUCACGAAUUAAAUAGAAAUGUCCUCAUAGAAGGGACGCUUCCAAUGUUGAUUCCUUAAAAACUUUGACUUAUAAAUCCCAAAAUCACGAAACAUGAUUUCAUAGAAAUGUCUUGCAACAUUAAAUAAUAAUGUAGAAUUAUUCAGGAUUAAGUACCUAUUUAUCAUUGUUUUUGUUUAAAGUGAGUUUAUGCUAGUCUUGAACAGUGUUGAUUAAACUAUUGGUCCUCAUAAAUGAAUUUGUUAGUGUAGAAUUAUUUUUAAGUAUCUAAGUUCACCCACAGAACCAAAGUAUUGUGAUCAUUUGUAAGCUCUCUCACAUUGAGGAAUGAGGUUGAAUUAAAAAAUUAGAUUUUGUCAGUGUUUUUCUCAUUAAUGAUAAUUUUUUGGCAUGUGUAUCUUCCUAACGUGGCUAUUUUCAUGGCUUUAUAUGUCUAACGUAAUUUAUUGUAUGUUUGUAAGUGUAAUAAACGAUUUUCCACCAUG